AUGGCGUCCGAUGAUUCAUCCAACGUGCCACUACAGGAGCUCACCGGAGCGGCAGCUGCGACGGCGGCAGUGGUGCCGCCGGUGAAGAGCCCCAAGCUGAAGCUCUACUCGUUCUGGCGAAGCUCAUGCUCGCAGCGCGUCCGCAUAGCCCUUAAUCUCAAAGGACUGGAGUACGAGUAUAAGCCGGUGAAUCUCCUCGCAAACGAGCAGUCAGAUCCAGAGUUUGAGAGACUGAACCCAAUCAAGUAUGUUCCGGCAUUGGUCGAUGGCGAAACGAUUGUCGCAGAUUCGUUUGCAAUCUUGCUGUACCUAGAGGACAAGUACCCCCAGUAUCCUCUGCUACCACAGGACCCCAAAAAGAGAGCACUGAAUAUCCAGAUUGCAAGCAUCGUGGGUUCAAGCAUCCAGCCACUACAAAACUAUCCUGUCUGGAAUUUCAUCGAGGAGAAGUUAGACUCCAACGAAGCAAUUAAGUGGACACAGCAUCACAUCAAUAGGGGCUUCACAGCUCUUGAGAAGUUGUUGAAAGGAUGCAGCACCAAAUAUGCCACAGGAAACGAAAUCCAGCUGGCAGAUGUAUUUCUGGAACCACAGAUAUAUGGUGGAAUUAAGCGCUUUGGAAUUGAUAUGUCAGUUUACCCUGUCCUGGCGAGGCUCCAUGAAGCGUUCCUGGAACAUCCUGCCUUCUUGGCUGCAUUGCCAGAGAAGCAACCAGAUGCACCUUCCCUCUGA